GCUGACCACAUCUCAGCGGCUAGCCAGGGAGACAAUAUCGCGCCUGCAGGGCGAGCUGAGUUCCAAGCUGAGACUGCUCAAAGAGGAAGUGGAUACCAACAGUAGGCUUCAACCGGAAAUUGAGAGACUUAAAAUACAGGAGCAGCGCGCGUACCGUCUGCAGCAAGAGGAGCGCGUGUUGCGCGCGAGCACCAGGCCAUGAAGAUGCGCUAUGAGACCCGCUUGGAAAAACUUUCCGUGGAGUACAGCAAAAUGCUGGGGAUGAUGGAAGAGCUUCAGAAGGAGAGGCAGCUGGACAAAGACAUGGUUGCCGGCGUGCAGAAGGCCAUGACACUGAUCCGCGAGACUCAUGUGCAGGACCAGACUCGGUGGGACGAAGACAAGGCUCGUAUGGAGCGACAGCUGGUGGAGAUGGCAGAAACGCGGCUGCUAGUGGAGAAGCUGAGGAAGAUGACCAGCGAGCUGAAGGAACAGGUGUGCAUCCAGGAACAUGCGCGCGUGGACCUGGUGAACAAGUUCUCUACCGACAGAGCCGCUUGGCAAAUGGAACGGGCCAAUCUUCAGAGCAAGAUCAACCAGCUCGAGGAGCAGCUCGCGCGAGGUCGUAAAGACGGCGGAACAGUCAUCCCCCUCGAGGCCGCGUGGGCCAAGGAGAGGGCUAACCAGCAGCGACUUUUAGCUCAAGCACAUGACCUGGCCCUCGACCUCCAAAAACAGCUGCAGUCACGUGACCAGGAAGCAGCCAAAAGUCGGCGACUACUAGCAGAACAGCUGGAGACUGAGAAACAGGCUUGGGACAAGGAGCGGAGAGAGAAAGACAAAUUGUUGUCAGAGCUGGAGGCUCGGGUGAAGCAGCACGGCGCAGUGCAGCGCCAGGUGCUAGAGAUGCAAGAGCGUGCAGAGCGCGAGGCUCACCAGGCGCGGUGUGAUCGUGCGCAGCUCCGUCAGCAGCUGUCACGUGACGUCAAGGCUGUUGAUGACGUUAUGGCUGGGUUCGCUCGCCUUCGUGAGCUUGGUGGUCUACUGAUGUCACAAGGCACUGAAGAGCAGUCAACCUCUUCAGACGAGAAAGCAAGCAGCAGCAGGGCGACUCGUGACUUUGACCAGGAUAUGCUGAAGUAUGUCAAAGAGACCUUCAUUCAGAUCUGUGCUGCCGCAGACCAGCUCGCUAAGCAUGGAAACCAAGAGAACGGAGUAGUUGGAAGGAACCUGACGAAUUCAGAGCUCGAACUUCUGCGAGACGUCACAGUCAUCUGUCACGAGGGCGAUGACGCAUCUUCUGUACAAGAUGUCACAACUUCUAUGGCGAAGAGCCGAGAGUCGAGCCAGCCACAACACGCUGCCUCGCCAAGUGAGAUCGCCGGGGACAUUUCACUGCCUGCGACUAUUUCGCCCUUGACUACGUCAUCACAACGUGUUCAGUCUUCUUCCUACGCUUGUGGCCAAGCAGCUCUCAAGCGUUGCGCUCAACAACACCGGAAGUGGGCCACCAGCGUUCGUCCGAUGUUUCGCCGUCCAGACAUCUCCGAAAGUUACAGACCUGUCUCCGGCUUCUCUUUCCUCUUCAUCUCGAAAAGCGUCUUCAGAACUCCUGAACUCUUUGGAAGGAAAGGAGCGGGGCGUUUCGACUAAUCGGGUUUUGCCGACGCCAGAAAAAAGCUUCUCUACAGUUGGAAGUGUCACGACCACUAGCCGCAAGGAUGGAUCACAUGCUUCAGCACAGACCUUUCCUAGGGCUACACGCCCGCAUACUCUGACCAAAAGCCUGUCUGUAGACUCUCCUCAACUCUGGUCAAGUACAACUGCCGUAACGUCACACAAGAAAAGUCUUUCCGCUAGCACCACGCCUACGCACCCAUAUCCAACCAUUCAGCUUCCUACAAGCGACGACGAAUCUUCGUGUGCCGGUGUCGCCAAAAACAUUCACGGUAGUGGCGGCUGGUCACCCAGAUCUGCUCGUAAGCGAUUCUUUGAAGAACAACCCCAUGGCCAGAUGGGUUAUCUCUCUUGGCCAGAGCGAGGGCGCGUGGGUAGCGGUCAUAGGGAGGGAGGUAAUACCACAGUUGACCCGAGUGAGGUCAGACGGGUGGCAGAGGAGGAGCACGAGAGUCUGCUGUCCCGCAUGAUAGACUUGUCGCAGCGCCGUCCUUCAUGCGCACGUCGACAUCGUGGGACGAGAAGAUUCACCAUCAGGUGGUGGCCACGCCCACCGACACCAGUCACUUGAAGUCCCAGCUGCCAGCAACGGACUUACCACUGCCUCAGUCACCCAAAGUUUUGGCAGAUGUGGGAGUUCCCUUCCAUGCAGGACAAGAAAUUAGUGUUAAGGACAGAAGGAGACGUUUUAAUAAAUCCAACAGCCUCGACUCUACUGUUGGCACGUGCAUUGCGCGUGCAGGAAUGCAAGCCUUGGGACCUCCUGCUGUCCCUGCAGCCUUUUCUCCUUCAGACAUGUUGACGUCUGUAAAAGCUAAACUGACACCUGUAAUACGCAGCAAAACCGGGAAAGAAAGCGACCCCCUUCAAGCACGCCCUCCCUCCCCUCUCUUCAUCCAGACCUCUGUACCUGACAUUCCCCUUCGACCUUCCACUGUAGUCGCUUCUUCAACGAACUCCUCAAAUCUACCAGCGACAGCAACAGCCGACACGUCUUCUCAAAGAAGUCCUGGAUCAGAAAAUCCUACCCUUCAUGAGGGACAGCUUAAUUUCCAAUCAAAUAGAAGUUUCUCUCCGACAGAGAUUGCUCGAGGAAGAGACAGCAGACGUCCAGACGAGAGACACGAGUCACGUGACAUAAGAUGGCGCUCCCAGUCGGCAGACCGCGCCACACGUCCUCCUCUGGUGCACAGCGAUGUCCUCGUACCUGCUCAGGUCUGGCAGUUCAGCGAAACUGCUGUUUGACAGAGCAUCGACUCAGACAACAUGGCUCGGGACUGUCCUUGCCUGUCACGUGUGCAGGACAAGUUUGAAAAACCCGCAGAUUGUGAAACAGUUUGUGGUGUCACGACUGAAAAUCGUUAGAGAGGAAACGAUUUCAUCCAUUUUCUGACCUACCCUCUGGCUAGAGAGACCAGGCUAAUGUCCUGCUGUAACGAAUGGCUCGAAAUGUUGGUGCGGACACAUUGCUAUCAGCCCGGAGUACAGAGGACCUACGAACACAUUAGUGGAUCUGAACCUGUGGCUGGCAAUGCUCCACAUCACUGCCAUGGCAUUUGAACUCGUCAGUUGUCAGUUUGAUUUUGCCGUGUUUCUCAAACCCCUUGCAUGGGUGUCUUUCCAUUCCUACUAUCAACCCCCACCUCAUUCAUGUAUUCUUGUCCGGAAGAACUUAAGUAGACUUGGAUACAAGGGUUAUAUACUCACACUUCUGUGUGCAUUACACAACAGUCUGUUCUCUUUGGACUCAUGUUUGUUUCAGACUUCUAUUUUUUUGUUUUAGUUUCCUUUAAAUUUUUUAAAACAUUUUUGAUAUGAUUAUUUAUUAUAGAACAGUCUAUCCGUUACGCAACUCUCCAUUCGUUCUAGACAUUUCAGACUUCUAUUUCUUACACACCUUUCUUGUUAUUAUUGCUCGCUAAUUUGUCAGCAGAUGUCUACUCGUUAAAGUUCUCUCAGGCUAACAAACAUCUUUUAUGUUUAAAAAUAUUUUUGUUUAAGAGAAUUAUUUUUGUUAGACUUUGUAAUUUCUGUCAGACGUGUUAAUCAAAAACAAAAAACUUUUGUGCAAAAUUCACUUGGGCCUAUAAAGGAAGUUCCGAUAAGAAGACAUUUACAAAAAUUUAGAGACUAUCGUUCCCUCAAAAAACCUACAAAUAUAUAUAUAUAUCACAGAAGACAAGAAUAUAAAAUGACGAUUGGAUGAUGCCUUUUUGCUCCAGUUUGCUCACCUGUAUUUCUUUCUAAACGUUUGGUGCACGCACUUAAGUGACCGUCAUGACCUUAGUAUAUGUACCUUGCUAUUCAGAAUUAGGGCUAACAGUGAAGAGAUAAUUUAAAGUGUGAUUACCAAGCUAUGCUCAAGAAACCGUUUCGUCGAUGCACAGAAUCCCGUUCAGCGCACGUUGUCUUGUAACAGCGGAUAGUAUUUGUGAGUGGUUGUUGACGCUGAGCCUUAAGGAAUGUUUCAGGCAACAAUAAAUGUCAAAUCUUCCCAAUAUCCCAUAUAUUUUCUGUGCUAUCCAGACUUGGUCAUUAACACUGCUAUCUAGUUACUGUUGCAUAUUCAGGGCAGGCAUCACUUCCUGUCCACUUCAGUGCUGACGGCGCAUUGAGUACCGCAUGGUGUGUACACAAGUAGAAGGCUUUACUGUAGAAAUCAUUUUCAUUCGUGUACACGAUGAAGCUUCAGAAUCAAUGAAGAUGUUUGGACAGUUUCCAUGAGAUUUUUCAGUAUUUUAACACGAUGACGAGAUAGUUUCUGCAGACUGGUCGAGUCCUUGUCACCAAGAAAGUAAGGACCUUGGGUUAAGUUCACAUCUCGCCUCGGAACCACACACUUCCUCUAGAUCGGGGGCUGCAGGGGAGAAAUAGGCAUUUUUUCCAUUUAGCUCUAGUCUGUAUAGCACAACUAGAUCAGUAUUUAUUAACACAUAAUCUGACAUAGAAACAAGUGCAAACAUUGGUGGCAAAUGCACUUAGUCCUGUUACUAUCCUUGCGUUAGCUACUUGCUCCUACAUUGUAGUACAGACAUCUUGAACAUACUUCUAAAUCUUCUCGACAACAUUAAAACACUAAGGACACACUAUAAAAAAAAUUGUGUUCUUCUGAUUUUAUUCAUUUGUAUUUCACACCAAAGACAAAUUAUUACUAUAGUCUCGGCAAGUACCAAAAGCUAUAGAUGAUGGAGGUGUCAGAGUAAACACCGACACCACGACAUACACCAGUUGGCCAGUUUCCCGUGGUGCGUUUCGACUGCACAUUUAAAAACAGCGUGUCGCUCCCACAUAUAGUAACACGUUGACGAGAGGCAGUAUGCAAUUUAUGUCAUUCGUACAAAAGGUAUAAAUAUGGAUAUUAUUAUUACAGACGGGUGAGCGUGAGAGAGAGAGAGGAGAGAGUCCAGAGAAACAGAGACAGGGAAGGAGAUAGAAUUAGCUUCGCGCGGGCACCAUGAGCAUUAAGUGAACAUUUACUCUUAGUGUUUGUCAAGGCCCUUGAUGUGAUUCACAAGGCAAGGAAGGUGUGUAUUACUGCGGCACAGUUGCUUUUAAUUUAUUAAAUGAAUAAGUUGUUAAUUGAAUAGAUUAUCGCCCAAGGUACCAUGGAAAUAAUUCUGCUACCUCUGAGUGGUUCGUGUAAAGGGAUGCUCACCUUAAAGUUGAAAAGACAGCUUUCUUUCUGUUCAUCUCUAAGGUGGGUAUCACAUAAUUUCUCCCCUCUUAACCUUUGACCUCAGCACUUGCCCGUGUCUUCCCGAUCCCCCCGUUAGUCCCACUGUUUUUCAGCCAACAUGGCGCAGCGAGUUAUAUGCAGCGCCGCAUUUGAGUGUCAUGCCACAACUCCUAUAUCAAUUCCACUAGACAAAUUUGUCAAACGUGUGCAUUUCUUGCAUUAUCAAGCAAUAAACGUGUUUGAAGAAUA